UUUAAUUCCGUGGAAAAAAGCAAUACACCUGUUCUGUUGACCGUUUUGCGGACUGCAUCCCGCAAUCAGUAACAUUAACCACGACAAAACCAGCAUGGAUUCGGAGGAGAGACCCCGCACGCUGUCACAAUACAAAAGAUUUCGAACCAACGACGAGGGUCGGAAAACAUUUACCUCCAUUGAUCAGAUAAGAACCGAAGCAUCGAUCGAACGCAUCUACGACCGAUACGAACAGUUGGCGGCUCUCGAUCCGUCACUGCCCAAGCUGCACCGAGGGGACCAUGCGCGCUAUCUGCAGGUAUCGCUCGAGCGUUUGUCGACUGCGUACGAAAGUCUGGAUAGUAGUCGGCCCUGGAUGGUGUACUGGAUACUGAAUGCGGCCAGCAUACUGAACCUGCGCUUUUCCCACGAACUAAUGGACCGGGUGGUGGAUUUCCUUAUCAAAUGCCGGGGCAAAGACGGCGGAUUUGGUGGAGGACCCGGGCAGGAUCCACAUCUGGCCACCACGUAUGCCGCGAUAAAUUCACUCUGCAUAAUCGGCACGGAAAAAGCUUUAAAUGCGAUCGAAAGGCACACGCUGAAGCAAUUUAUGUGGGCCGUGCGGGAAAGUAAUGGCGCGUUCCGGAUGCACAUCGGGGGCGAGCUAGACGUACGGGGAGCGUAUUGUGCGAUUUCGUCGGCCAAGCUGUGUUCUUUCUCGCCGGAAGAAGAGCUCAAACUGUUCGAGGGAACGGCAAACUGGAUAGUGGAAUGUCAAACGUACGAGGGUGGUUUCGGUGGCGCUCCAGAUCUGGAAGCGCAUGGUGGUUAUUCGUUCUGUGCCGCUGCUGCCCUCAUGCUGCUUGGUGGUGAGAACCAGUGUGACCUCAACGCUCUACUACGGUGGACCAUGAAUCGUCAGAUGGCGUACGAAGGCGGUUUUCAGGGCCGCACCAACAAACUGGUGGACGGUUGUUAUUCUUUUUGGCAAGGAGCGUUGGUACCGAUCGUUCAGGGUCUUAUCGCACGGAAAGAGGGACAGCAGCGCAUCAUGGAUGUGAGUCUCUUCAAUCGCUAUGCGCUGCAGGAAUACAUACUUAUUUGCUGUCAAAGACCUAACGGAGGUCUUAUCGAUAAACCUGGCAAACCUGCGGAUCUAUACCACACUUGCUACACGCUCAGCGGGCUGGCCGUGGCACAGCACUGUGAAACGCAUAGCUUACCGUUGGUGUUGGGAGACGAAAGGAAUGAAGUGUUACCGACCCACCCGGUACACAAUAUACCGCCCAAGGCAGCGCUGGACGCUUACCGCUACUUUAUAGAGCUCGAUCAACCGGCAUCCGCUGCCGAACAACAAAGCAAUGGAAAAAGGGACGAAGUACCGAUGGAUGGUAGCUCCGGUAACGGUUCCGAGCGUCAAUCGUCAUCACAAAUGUCGGAAGAAAGCAGCAGUAACUACACGAGCAGCCGUGCAUCGGAAGAUUGAAUUGCUCACAGUGUUGUGAUCAAUCAGUUUAACCGCAACCGAGGCCAACCCUGGUCAGAUGAAACAGAUCCCUAGCUAAACACCAGUCGCGGUAGAGGAGCACCAACAGGCCAAACCCGAUGUCGAUAAAUAGACAAGUGGAGGAAAAGCUCUAAUGAACUCGUGUAUAGGAAUAAUAUUUAAAAAUUGGCUUAAGCUUGUUCAAUUUUCUAAUUGCUCUAUUUAAAACAAAUAAUAAAAAAAAGUUUGCCAAUAGUGCUUUACCUCUUGGAAGAUGUAUAAAGAUAAACAUUAUACACGCAGUCAACGACAGGGAGCACUUAGUAUUGGAUUGAAGGUCACAAUAUCUUAAGAAGCAAAGAUUCACAUCGUACAUUGUACCCAGACGUACAGCUAAAUGGGCGGGCCACACUAUCGACAUCAAAACUUUAACGCCCUUCUAAACAUCUAAACAUGACAUGAUCGCCAUUUGAGAAUGAGAAUUAGCCAAAGAGCUAGCUGAACUGUUUGGCCAAUC